AUGUUGCGUCUAUCGAACAUUGUAGAUCAAUUGCAUGCAUUGAUAGGGGAUGAUGUGGAUGUUGGAGGAGCACAUACUGCUUUGUUGGUGAACAAGCAAUCAUCGGAUAUUUAUGCCUAUGCCAGUAAAGACGCGUUGCCCGUGCAGCUGAACGACCAGCAUGGUCUCAUGAACGAUCUUCCUGUAUCACUGACUAGCCCGGAAGAUUACGCCCGUCGUUUAGCUGCUGUGGCAACGGCUUCUUGGCGAGAACAACAUACCCAUGCGAACGAUAAGCUACGCUCAUCUCGCCGUCGCCUUACGUCGCCAGAACGGAAUCUUACUCGACGACUAGAUGCCAUGGUAGCUCGGGAUAUGGGUCUUCACAGAAAUGGUGCCACUUGGCAACGCGGUAUGGGGACGGGUGGCACGUCCGACUUGGAAGAAUGCGCCAUAUCGAGCCCUGAAGGUGAUGCUGGAGAUGCCGACCUAGGCCCUCCGGUGCUUGUUGUAUGUGAGUAUGGACGCAUUGUAGUAGCUUCGGUCCGCAUUCCUAGCCUACAUGGUCAAGAGAAACAGCGGUUACGUCGUGGACCAAGUUCGCGCGUAUCGCGGCAAGGAUCGCGCCAUCAGUCCUUUACCAACAACAGCAACUCGUCUGUGCCUGUGGAAGUAUCUGCUUUGCGCCAGUCUGUGUCACGUCAUGCGCUGUCAGAGGAUGCCAUGGACCAAGAAUUCUCUACGGAAGAAGAAACUGAUAUGGACUCCAUGCGAUCGGAGGGAGCAAACUGGAAACGCGAUGCCGUACAUGAUACGCCCCUACUAGUUCUAUGUGCACCUCAAACCGAAGAGGACUCUAGCGUAUCAUGGCAGACGCUUCUGAGCCAAGCCAACAUUUAUGCAGAGAUUCAGAAUUCGUUAUCUCUGCAGCGCACGUUUACAUCCAUGGAUGACGCACCUGCGCCAAGCCUAUCGGAGAAGGAGUCACUAUGA